CCCGUCCUAUCCAGUACGAGUAAGGUGACAACGGUUCUAAUCGGUAUUAUCGCUGAGUAACGUGAAAGCGUCGAUACGGUAGUCGUCGUGAGUGGCGUCCCUAUUGAAAAGGCGUCGUCGGUGUCAGGCUGUUAUCAAGCUUUUUGGUGGGGAAUGAUUCCUGGUGCGAUAUGGGAGAUUGUGGAAUGAGAAGUGCUCGGGGUGGAUUUUGGGCGGGGUGAUAUUUGAUACUGUCGAGAUUUUAUCAGCUCUUAUUGAAGGAUUAACAGAUGAUCUGUUGCGGCAAUUGUGUUGAUUUACGUCCUGUGUUAUGUGAAGCUUGUUGAAAUUGUGUAGCAUUUAAGAGAAUACCGCGGGCUAGCAACCUGCAGAAGUUUUCGGUCGCCAUUGUGAACCCCCAUAUAUUCAAACUGUUAAAAUACCAAUUUAAUUAAAACUACCACACUAGGAAAAGUUUUGUGUUCGACCCGUGGAAAAGCAGUCAAACUCUUCCGGCAACCGGUGUACGUUCCGGAGAAGUACGUGCUUCAGAGGUGCAACAUCGACAGGGCGCGCUGUUUCAAUUGGGAAGCAAAAGUUUCGCGGCAUCCGUUCGGAAGCGGGUGAGCCUUGUUUGAAGUUGGUAUUUCCAGUGGGGCCAUACAGUAGUAUCAGCAGAAGCAGGAGCAUCAACCAGAAAUUGGCACUGUUACACAAUGAGAACGUGACGAUGAUUCGAAAAGAAGAACGGUGGAUUCGCUGCAAAGCUAUGUGAGAUUAUCUUGCCGUGCAAAACGGUGUUCUGUGGAGCUGGUGCGGAAAAGGUGGAAACGAUUAUCUUACAAACGGAUGGGGGCAGCAUCCAAUUAACAAUGGGAGAGAAUGUGUGAAGAGCAGUGCGAGGCAACCGAACGACAUCGUUGAAGGGGAUUUCCCAAGCGUCCAUCGUUCUAUGAGCAAAUUUCUUUGAAGUGUCACGAUCAGUGUCAGCUCUUCUCCAAUGAUAAAUAGAAAUUCAGUCGAUUUCCGUGGAAAUGGCAGUGAAACCUUCGAAAUGGAUUAGGAUGAAUGGAAAUUAAAUCAAAUUAAAGGACCUUCCAGCGAGUGGUAACGAUAUCCGAGUCGGAGGAAGUUUCUCUCGUUGGUUAACUAACCGAACAGCGUUUGAUUUUGUCUGCAGAUGAUGAGAUAAAGGAACCAGAAAAAAAACAUGAAAAUCCCCGGUGGACGGAAUUGGGUGCGCUGCCCGGAUCAACAUCAAGCACGCACGCCUGAGACUUUGGCUAACAGAAAAGUUUCCACAUCCAAGCGUCCAUGACCUCGCCAGCGUACCACCAUCAGUCACAUGGGGAUAUAGAGCAGUGUUCUUAUGCAGGAACUGGAAAGAGCACAUAAAACAUGAAAAAAGAACAUGUUUUCAUUUAUGACUUUUUUCUCUCUCUAUGUCAGAUUCAUCGAAUUUAUUAGGCCGGCCCGCAAAUCUAGGUUAAAUCAACAGUUCCUGGUAGAGAAAAAAUACUGAACAAAUCAAGCGAUUUUUCCUCCCACAAGCAGAACCGCGGGUACCGCGAGCAGAAGCAAAAUGUUAGAAGAUAAAAUAAAUCGUGCAAUGCAAAAGUGACAAAAAGUGAAAUUGUUAACAUCUCGUUGCCAUCGAGGUAACGGCUCGUACUCGGUUGGUUCGGAGUUUCCGGCACACAAGCCGUUGCUAACACAGCUUUCGAGGGUGGUUCCGAAUGUAGAUGUAGCGAGAAUGAGGUUACAAGUGUAUGUAUAUUUUUUUGUUCAAAGAAUAGAGCUAACGCAAAGAUAAAUACCGGUUUACAAGCUGCAAAAAAAGCAUAGAAGUUUGAAACAGUUGAGCGCUGAAAGUCACCAUCAAUCGGAAAAUGGAAAUGGAAAAAAGUUUACAGAGAUGUCGCUUCACCGAAUAGUGGAUAAGUUUUUGUCAGUGUGCUGUUGAUGCGCAAUUGAAAAAUAAAAAUUGUUAUCUAAUCUAUCUCCUGCGGAAACUAAUCGAUGUCAACAAUGGUGCUUCUGCAAAAUCACGCCAGUUUUGAUGGCGGACGAUUCUGGUUGCUGAUAGGAUUCCUACUUGUUAUGUGCACAGAGCUCACCUGUGGCAACAAUAGAGUUGACGACUAUCAAAGUCAAAAAGGUGAACUGGUCGGUGCGUCGCGCAAGUUUCGAACCGAUUUCCUCCAAGAGUGGCCAACGCCGGGAACUGGGCCUUACUUCGACACCGCUUCGAUUCCCUCCAACAUAACCGGGCUGGUCGGCAAGACGGUUCUGCUGAUCUGCAAAGUGAAGAAUCUGGGAAACAGAACGGUCUCCUGGGUGCGCCACCGUGACAUCCAUCUGCUGACAGUAGGUCGGUACACGUACACCUCGGAUCAGCGCUUCGAGGCCAUGCACUCGCCCCACACCGAAGAGUGGACCCUGCGGAUACGAUACGCCCAGCGUAAGGAUUCCGGGAUCUACGAGUGUCAAAUAUCCACCACCCCUCCCAUCGGACACUUUGUCUAUCUGACGGUUGUAGAACCAGUGACAGAGAUUAAUGGCGGGCCUGAUUUAUUUAUCAAUAAAGGCUCAACGAUAAAUCUCACCUGCAUAGUCAAGUACGCUCCGGAGCCACCGCCAGCCGUGAUCUGGAAGCACAAUCGAGACGACAUCAACUUUGAUUCGCCUCGAGGUGGCAUCUCGCUGGUGACCGAGAAAGGGGUACUGACCAGUAGCCGGUUGCUGGUGCAGAAAGCGAUAGCCAGCGAUUCCGGGCUGUACACGUGCGAACCCUCCAAUGCCAAUCCGGCCUCGGUCCGGGUGCACAUACUUAAUGGAGAACACCCAGCGGCGAUGCAUCACGGAAUGUCUACCAUCCUGGCCGGUCCAAGCUUAGUGGCAUUCGUGCUCUCUUGCUUACUCCUGUACUACCAUCACAGCAUCCGGUGGAAGUAUCCACUGACGUAGUAAGAUCUUCCUCAGUUUUCUUCGCCACCGUACUGGCAUAUCCGGGCAGCCAACGACAGAAAGAGAAAAAAAAACAAUGCAAACCCCACAAAUCUUUUACUCGUCACUAAUCACCACUAUCUAUCGGUCACACCCACAAAGUCACUGUCACAGUCAUUGUAUAUCCCUCAAUCCCCGCUCCAAGCAGAGACAACUCCAUUGAGUGUCUUGUUUUGUACAGCCACAUUCUACUAAAACUUACUAUAAAACGGAGAAAGUGAAACAAAAGUCUGGAGAAAUCCGUAUGUUUGAAAUACUAGAGAAAGAAAAAUCUGAGUUACGUCGUGUCAAAAAUAGAACUUUUCGGAAGGUUCGGCAUAUUUCGGUUAAAUAUAUGAAGAAUAGAUUUUUUAUAUAAAUGUACAUUUAAGGUAACUAACAGAUAGCAUGAGCGUGUGCAACAAAGAAGUGAUGUGCGUGCGAGUGUGAGACGAGAGUCGAUAAUUCGUUUUCAAUUUCCAAUCAGUUCCGAAAUCGAGUAAUUACAUAUAGCUGAACAAUAGGUAUUUAUACAAGUAAACAGAUCAGAUAGGUUGAAUUUAUUUAAUUCAAUUCUAAACGCAAAUACAAACAGCGAACGAUUGCGUUUGAUACAAAAGAAGGGGAAUGGGUCACGCUGCUGAACAUUAAUAAUAUUUGCUGGCGAUCUGACGUGUUUGUGUAAGGAAGGUACAUGUGCAUUAGGGUGAUUCGGGAAUCAAUUUUGGUUCACGAAGGUAGUAAUUUUUACUUUUAGGUGAUGAAGGGUAAUAGCUGUUUUACUUUGAUUCAGUUCUGAGCUCUAACAUUAACUUUUCAACUACGGCAUGGAUUGUCUCAUUUUAAAAUUAA